AUGAGCUCUCCAGAAAUCCCUACCUACACUCUUCUCGACUAUUCCAAGUUUGCCCUAGCCGGUGCCAUUGGGUGUGGUUCCACCCAUUCUUCCCUAGUCCCUAUCGAUGUUGUCAAGACUAGAAUCCAAUUGGAACCUACCGUUUAUAAUGGUGGGAUGGUCCAGUCUUUCAAGAAGAUCAUUGGUGAAGAAGGGCCUCGUGCCUUGUUGACUGGGUUUGGUCCAACUCUGUUGGGUUACUCGAUCCAAGGUUCCUUCAAGUUUGGUGGGUACGAAGUGUUUAAGAAGUUGUUUAUCGAUACUCUGGGUUACGACACUGCAGUGCGUUACAAGAAUUCGGUGUACAUGGGGUCCGCUGCAGCCGCCGAGUUCUUGGCCGACAUUGCUCUGUGUCCCUUGGAAGCCACACGUAUCCGUCUGGUGUCUCAGCCCGGUUUUGCCAACGGUCUUGUGGGCGGCUUUUCCCGUAUCUUGCGUGAAGAAGGGAUCGGCUCGUUCUACUCCGGGUUCACUCCAAUCUUGUUCAAGCAGAUCCCAUAUAACAUUGCCAAGUUUUUGGUCUACGAACGUGCUUCGGAAUUGUACUAUAGAAUCAUCGGUGCCAAGGACACUUUGUCCAGCGGUGCCAACACUGCUAUCAAUUUGUUGUCUGGGUUGACAGCUGGUCUUGCAGCUGCCAUUGUUUCCCAGCCAGCCGACACUCUGUUGUCCAAGGUCAACAAGACCAAGAAGGCUCCCGGCCAGUCCACCGUGGGUCUGUUGGCCCAGUUGGCUAAGCAACUGGGCUUUGUGGGCUCGUUUGCCGGGUUGCCUACACGUCUGGUCAUGGUCGGUACUUUGACGUCGUUGCAAUUCGGUAUCUACGGGUCGUUGAAGAAAUCCCUAGGAUGUGCUCCAACCAUUGAAAUUGGUGGUGGGGGACACUAA